CAGCCAGAGCCCGGGAGGCGGCACUGCGGCCUCAGCAGCGUUCUUGGGUCUGAGCAGCCCGCGGGGCCGCCGCCAUGAACGGGACGGAGGGCGAGAACUUCUACGUGCCCUUCUCCAACAAGUCAGGCGUGGUGCGCAGCCCCUUCGAGUACCCGCAGUACUACCUGGCCGAGCCCUGGCACUUCUCCAUGCUGGCCGCCUACAUGUUCCUGCUGAUCGUGCUCGGCUUCCCCAUCAACUUCCUCACGCUCUACGUCACGGUCCAGCACAAGAAGCUGCGCACGCCGCUCAACUACAUCCUGCUCAACCUGGCCUUCGCCGACCUCUUCAUGGUCUUCGGCGGCUUCACCACCACCCUCUACACCUCUCUGCACGGAUACUUCAUUUUCGGGCCCACGGGGUGUAACCUGGAGGGCUUCUUCGCCACCCUGGGCGGUGAAAUCGCCCUGUGGUCCUUGGUGGUCCUGGCCAUCGAGCGGUACGUGGUGGUGUGUAAGCCCAUGAGCAACUUCCGCUUCGGGGAGAACCACGCCAUCAUGGGCGUCGCCUGCACCUGGGUCAUGGCGCUGGCCUGCGCCGCACCGCCCCUCGUCGGCUGGUCCAGGUACAUCCCUGAGGGCCUGCAGUGCUCGUGCGGGAUCGACUACUACACUCUCAAGCCAGAGGUCAACAACGAGUCCUUCGUCAUCUACAUGUUCGUGGUCCACUUCACCAUCCCCAUGGUCGUCAUCUUCUUCUGCUACGGGCAGCUGGUCUUCACCGUCAAGGAGGCAGCUGCCCAGCAGCAGGAGUCAGCCACCACCCAGAAGGCCGAGAAGGAGGUCACGCGCAUGGUCAUCAUCAUGGUCAUCGCCUUCCUGAUCUGCUGGCUGCCCUACGCCAGUGUGGCAUUCUACAUCUUCACGCACCAGGGCUCCAACUUCGGCCCCAUCUUCAUGACCCUGCCUGCGUUCUUUGCCAAGUCUGCCUCCAUCUACAACCCGGUCAUCUAUAUCAUGAUGAACAAGCAGUUCCGGAACUGCAUGCUCACCACCGUCUGCUGUGGCAAGAGCCCGCUGGGCGAUGAUGAGGCCUCCACCACUGUGACCAAGACGGAGACCAGCCAGGUGGCCCCGGCCUAGGCUCUGCUGCAGCCUGUCGGAGCCUCGCACCCCCGCACCCACCCCAGAGA